AUGCCUGCUUUUGCGAGAGGAGGUUCUGGAGGGCGUGUGGUCACGUCUCGCUCCGGGAACUCAACCACGUAUGCAAGGCGCGAGCCUCUGCGUCGACGCUCUGUAACACCUUUCGCGUCAGACAAAGCGUCAAGGACGUGCGCAGAUCUCUCACGGACCUGCUUGGGUCAAGACCUUCGACCUUCAACAGAUCUUCCAGCGUCAACAGGUCUCAACCGGCAGAGCGAACGUCACAGUCUUCACCCUCGCACUGAUAUGCAUCCGCCACAAGAUCAGACACCGCCUGGUUCACUGGACCCAUCACAUGGCCAAAUGCCGUUCUAUGGCGUUUUUGCUCCACCUCCUGAGCCACAGAAUCUGACUGUCGACGCCCAAGGAGGGCAAUCCGCCCCCGAUAUCCAACAGCAGCAAGUAGACGAUGCUGCUCGGCAGCGACAGCAAACAGACACAGCAACCCGGCCAUGGACACCCGACGACUGGCUUCUCCGGGACCCACUCUUCAAGCCGCAGUCGCCGCCCCUAGGCCAACAGUUCCCUCAUGUACGGAAGCCGUCACUGCUGAAUCGCUCGCUUGGCUCAAACGACCUUCUUGGCAUGGCAUCUUCUUGGCUUGACCCUGAGGAAUCUACACCUCAUGGUCCGUCCGGAGACUCCACCUCCGCGGCCACACCUGGUCGUCCACUCAUCCCACGACCUACUCAGCCUGCCAUGACUGGCGCUGGUGGACUCAACACUGGUUCUACGCCGUUCGGAUUCGCACCAGAGAGUCACCCCUUCACGUUCCGCCCCACCGGUGAUACUCAGGCCAACGUUGGAGGCCAAGAUCCUCCUGCUUCUUUCCCUCAACUGCCAGCACAAGGUGAACAGCUUCCGUCUCCAACUGCUACACAGCAAGUGAGCGAGGAACUUCCUCCGACUUCUGCGCAGAGUGGCACAGCUACCAGCCAGACUGACCCAGCUCCUUCUUCAUCAGCAGCUACAGGUAUGGCUCCGCCUCCAGCUUCUGGACCGCUUCCUACCCGCAACGAGCCACUCCGUGUGGCGGUUCACAGCCCAGCUCGCAUCGCCAACUCUGCACUCGACGAGAAGGCUAAAAAGAUGGUCAACAAGAUCUCUACCGGUCAGCUCGAAUCGUGCUACAGAAAGUUCAAGAACAACCAACCCCCGGAAUGCUGUCUUCUCAUAACCGUCGUCGACUCCAAGCCUCCAAGCUAUUCUCGCUUCAUCGACACGUACACAAAGUGCCCGAAAUGCAAGGGACUUGGUCGUCUGCCAAGCAAGUAA